CUCGAACAAUCUACUCCGAGCCGCCCAAGAUGGCCAAGAAAGCGAAGUCCCGUACCAUCGCCGUCCGGCUGAUCUCCAUGGCCAUGACGGGCUACUACCGCACCAUGAUCCGGCCGCGUGUGCACCGUCCUCUCAGCAUGAUGAAGUACGACCCCGUCAUCAAGAAGCAGGUGCUUUUCCUUGAGGCGACCAAGGGCGGAAAGAACAAAUAGACUACU